GUAUUCUGAGGUGCGUGGUAGUGAUGGCGGCGCUCAGCGAGACUUUCCUGUCACUGGAUACUACUACUCCCAACCCUCCUCAAAGCCGUCGGAGCAACCCCCAGGUCUUUACUUUACUGUCGGCAAUUUGACUUGCUCUGCUGCAUGUCUGGAGGGACCAAGGAAAGUGUGGAGACGCUCCAAGGAUUAGGUGAUCGGAGCUUGAAAAGAAAAAAAUCCAAACAAAUAAACAAAACCCACCCACCCUAACAAAUAUGAGGCUGCUGGAGAGAAUGAGGAAAGACUGGUUCAUGGUCGGAAUAGUGCUGGCGAUCGCCGGAGCUAAACUGCAGCCGUCCAUAGGGGUGAAUGGGGGACCACUGAAGCCAGAGAUAACUGUAUCCUACAUUGCUGUUGCAACAAUAUUCUUUAACAGUGGACUAUCAUUGAAAACAGAGGAGCUGACCAGUGCUUUGGUGCAUCUAAAACUGCAUCUUUUUAUUCAGAUAUUUACUCUUGCAUUCUUCCCAGCAACAAUAUGGCUUUUUCUUCAGCUUUUAUCAAUCACACCCAUCAACGAAUGGCUUUUAAAAGGUUUGCAGACGGUAGGUUGCAUGCCUCCGCCUGUGUCUUCUGCAGUGAUUUUAACCAAGGCAGUUGGUGGAAAUGAGGCAGCUGCAAUAUUUAAUUCAGCCUUUGGAAGUUUUUUGGGCAUCGUUAUAACACCCCUGCUCCUGCUGCUUUUUCUUGGUUCAUCUUCUUCUGUGCCUUUCACAUCUAUUUUUUCUCAGCUUUUUAUGACUGUUGUGGUUCCUCUCGUCAUUGGACAGAUUGUCCGAAGAUACAUCAAGGAUUGGCUUGAGAGAAAGAAGCCUCCUUUUGGUGCUAUCAGCAGCAGUGUACUCCUCAUGAUCAUCUACACAACAUUCUGCGACACGUUCUCUAACCCAAAUAUUGACCUGGAUAAAUUCAGCCUUGUUCUCAUACUGUUGAUAAUAUUUUCUAUCCAGCUGAGUUUUAUGCUUUUAACUUUCAUCUUUUCAACAAGGAAUAAUUCGGGUUUCACACCAGCAGACACAGUGGCUAUCAUUUUCUGUUCUACACACAAAUCCCUCACAUUGGGAAUUCCGAUGCUGAAGAUCGUGUUUGCAGGCCAUGAGCAUCUCUCUUUAAUAUCUGUACCCUUGCUCAUCUACCACCCAGCUCAGAUCCUUCUGGGAAGUGUGUUGGUGCCAACAAUCAAGUCUUGGAUGGUAUCAAGGCAGAAGAAACUACUCCAAACCAGGGGGCCACUGGCUAACUUGAAUAAUCCAGAAGGCUUGGAAUAUCUAUCCAUCAAAUUUGGGCAUUAAAAUAAAUACCAAGAGUCCAUCCUCCAGGGAGUGAAGCUGAUGAGGCCGACAGUAUAACAAAGGAGGUGGACUUUCUGUAGCGAUGUAUAUAUGUACAGGAUUGUACAUACUAGCAAUUCUGAAGACUUGUACUUGUGAAUGUUGCCUCAAUGCAUAUUUUAUUUUUUUACAUAAAAAUAUGAUAUACCUGUUUAAGUGCCUUAAAAUGUAUUUGACAAAAAGCAUUAUUUCCAAAAUAUGCUUUGUUGAUUACUGCCAGGGGUGGUAAAAUAUUUGGGGGUUAAUUUUGUUUUCCUAAUGCAGGAAUCAGUCAUGGUAAGUGACAAAAAGCAAACAUGCUUUCCCUGCAGCACCUUUGUGCAAUACAACCCUAUAAUAGUUACUGUAAUGUUUGAAAUGAGGUCACACCAUCAGGAAAAUGCCCUUCUGAUGACAGUGAAAAUUUCCAAAGUCUUAUUCAUGCAUACUUUGAUUUACUGUGUGAUUCUUUUUUUCUACGACUGUGACAUGCCUCUUCCUUAUCAACUCAGCGGGGGUCAUAGAUCGAAUAGAUGCUGAAAAGCGUAAGAUAUAUGCAUUCCUUGACAUCAUUUUUAAAGACAUUCCUUCAAAUAGUUUCCACACAGAAAUUCCUCACUCCCAUUAUGAGAGAUUGUGAUUAUAUGUCUUAAAUUUAUUAUAAGCUGCUUCAAAGAAAGGGCCUGAAUGUUUGAAUUAUGAGUGAAAUCAUGUGAAAUUUUGAGUUAAACUCUGUGAUUUGAUUUUCAGGGUCUUUAAAAUAUAUCUUAAUAUCUUCUUCCUCUUUAUUCAAUAAUUUCUUUCUUACACUUACACACUCGUAACAGCCAAAUAUGAGGCACAAAAAUGUUACAAUCAGUUUGAAAGCAGCAUCAAUUAAUGGUAGAUUCUAUUCACAUUCCACAACCCAGACCAAAUUUUUUCCUAUUACACAGAUGUGCUGAGCACUUUCCAGAUUGCCCCUGUUGGCCAAAAGCAGCCUGUUACAUCCUGGAACUAAGCACACUUAAGGUAUUUGAGAUAAUUUAUUAAUGAAAAUUUCCUUGGCAGAUUUGACAAAUGUUGGCAAUAUUUUUUUAAAAGUUAAAUCAUAUUGCUUUCAUGAAUAAAUGAAAAUAUAAAGGUCAUGGAUGCAAACAAAUGUUACAUGUACACAUUCUGUCUCUCCAGAUGAAAAGAACAUGCAAAACCAUUUAAUAACCAAAAUAUCAAGUAAAAUUAGUUCCCAAUUGGGCAGCAACUUUCAAAUAAGUAUCCAAUAUUUGCUUCUGCUAUAGCUGCAAGAACUGUAACUGGACCCAAGUAGAGAAUGAAGCCACGUAUAGAACUACGGGAACGCUUUUCUGUGUUUCCUCCAUGCCGUCCUGUCACAUCCUCUUAUAUGUCCUCUCUUGAUUUGAUAGACAAUAUUGGCAUCCUGGGUCUCACUGAGGCUGUGCUAUGUCCUCAGCAGCUGUUGUUGUUGUUUUGUUGUUAUGCCCACAACAAAAAAUCAUUCCUUAGAAACCUACCAAGUUUAUCUACUGUGUAAAUUUAUAUUAUUGUUACUACCAGGUCUCAUCUUUUGUCAAUGUCAUUGAAUAAAUUUCAUGAGAGUUAUUCUCAGUGUGAAUUUUAAGGCUAAUGCCAGAUCCUGCAAAAAUCUAUGCUAACCAGGCUGUAGUUUACACUGUUAUAAAGAAUUUUACUUGUGUCUAAAACUACAGUAAUCUUGCUUAGGUAAUUGUGCUUACCUAUGGAGCACAGGAAGGCUCUUAUGUUUUGUUCCUAUAAGUUUCUUUGAAUUUUGGAGUAAAUGGACGUGUCUGUCUGUCAUCUAUCUGCCCUAUCAUAAAAAUCUUUCUCCCUAACAUUAGAAUACUGAUCCCCGCCCCCAACUUAUCUACCUCUAUCGUCUAACACCUAUAGUAGGUGUGAUCAUGGGAUAAAAUUCAACUGAAAAUGCUAUGAUAACAUUUUAUCUUUUGCUUUAAAAAAUGUGUUUUGUUUUCAAAUAAUCUUUACAUAGUGAACUUUGGUGGCUUUAGUGAUAUGUUUAUGCCUAUUGCUUUUUUUUACACAAAUUCCUUGGCAUAUUUUUUCAUAAAGAACAAAAAAUAAAACCAAAAUUUAUUUUUAAUUCAUGCUUAUUGGGAUUUAAUUAUUCAGAGCUUAAAAUAUUUUGUUACUUUUAUACACUGUAAAGCUAUCUGUUUUAUGCAUUUGUUUUGUCUAAAUGUAUUUAUGAAAGAAAUACAUUCGAUUAUAUUUAUGUUUACUCAUUUUUCCACCUGGAUUUUUUUUAAUGGUUGUUGCAAAAUUAGAUUUUUUAAUGGGUAAUAAUGUUGGUAUUUUCAUGUUUUUUCUUGGUAUUAAAAUUUUUGUGGGUUUUAAAAAAUUCUUCCCUAUUCUGUUAAAAAUUAACACACCUCUAGCUAAUGUUCAGUGUUUGUGCUAAAUACCAAAUUUUUUCAAAAGGAUUGGUUAAGUAAUAAGAUGGAUUAUUUAUGAUGACUGGAAGAUGAAAAUAAUUAUAUGAUUAAACAAAGAAUGUUUCAGAAAUCACAA